UUUACAUCGUUUACGUAAGCAUCGCGUUCCAUCAUCUGAUUCGAGAUUCUAGUUUUGAAUUUUUGUAGAAUUAAUGCGUGACUAAACACUUCUUAUUGCAAAGGUGGUGAAAAGCAUUAACGCAAAAACGAGUAUCUAAAUCGACUGAAGGCGAAGUUUCGAAGCUGAACCUCUUCGUUGAUAAAUAAGGAAAACAAUGUCACGAGGAGGAGGACGUGGCAACCGUCGAGGGGGUCACAGGUUUGACCGAGGAGGAGACCAGCGACUGAGAGAGGCCAAGGACGAGCAAUAUCAAUUAAUUGACGACUCGUCAGAAAUCAUUAAAACUUUCAAACAAUUUGCUCUUCAAUUGGACGCAAAACACGACAGACAUGAGAGAAUCGUCAAAUUGAGCAGAGAUGUGACUAUUGAAAGCAAGAGAAUCAUCUUCCUUAUCCACACAAUCAACAGCAGCAAUGACAGCAAGAAGGAGCAGAUUUUAGACCAGGCGAACUUUCGCUUGAAGCAGGUGGAGGCCAACUUAUUCCAGGCCAUCGCCCAGGAGCUAGUUGGCGAAGAUCCUCACCAGUUUCUCAGAGCGUUCAGUGCAGGGCUGCAGGAAUACAUAGAGGCCAAGACGUUCUACCAGUUCAUGGUGUCUGCCUCGAUUCCGCAUUGGAAUGAAAUUCAGAAAGAUCUGACCUAUGCUCAAGAAGCAACUGAAGAGGGAGCUGAAGCGUCAGAAAUUCUAACCCCUGUCCUGCCAACGGAAUACAUGCUUGGUGUCGGCGACCUCACUGGCGAACUGAUGCGGCGGUGCAUCAACUGCGUGGGAAUGGGCGAACUGGACGCCUGCAAGCAGCUCUGUGGCUUCCUUAGACAAGUCUACAGAAUUUUCGCAGGCUUUGACACCUUUGGCUACAAAGAGUUUGGUCGCAAAACCUAUGUCAUGAGACAGAGUUUGGCAAAGACUGAAAACGUCUGCUACACCAUACAAGUCAGGGGCUCGGAGGUACCCAAACACCUCUUGGCGCAAGCUAUUCACAUGUCUAUGGACAAUCCUGAGGAAGAUGAAGGUUUCUAUUAGUCAAAACAAGUUGCAUUAAUAAAAUAGAAAUUAUUUAAAGUAAAUUAAAA